AUGGCCGCCCCCAUCCGCUCACUCCUCAAAAAGUCCGUGUCGCCCAUUGCGCGCUCGGCCCGGUUUGCCUCGUCCGCUGCCAGCCAGCCCACCCUCAAGGACCGCCUCGCACAGCUCAUCCCCGCCGCCCAGGAAUCCGUCAAGGCCGCUCGCGCAGCCCACGGUAAAAAGUCCUUUGGCCCCGUCCUCGUCGACCAGCUCUAUGGCGGCAUGCGCGGUCUUCCCGCUCUCAUCUGGGAGGGCUCCGUCCUCGACCCCGAGGAAGGCAUCCGCUUCCGCGGCAAGACCAUCCCCGAGAUCCAGGAGCUCCUCCCCAAGGCACCCGGCGGCUCAGAGCCCCUCCCCGAGGGCCUCUUCUGGCUCCUCGUCACCGGCGAGAUCCCCACCCAGGAGCAGGUCGCCGGCCUCUCCCGCGACUGGGCCGCCCGCGCCGCCAUCCCCGAGUUCGUCGAGGAGAUCCUCGACAGGUGCCCCCCGACCCUCCACCCCAUGAGCCAGUUCUCCCUCGCCGUCACCGCCCUCAACCACAACUCGGCCUUUGCCAAGGCCUACGCCGAGGGCAUCAACAAGCGCGACUACUGGGGCCCCGUCUUUGAGGACUCGAUGGACCUCAUCGCCAAGCUGCCCAACAUCGCCGGCCGCAUCUACCGCAACGUCUACGGCCAGGGCAAGCUCCCCCCGAUCGACCUCCAGAAGGACUACUCCCACAACCUCGCCACCCUCCUCGGCUUUGGCGAGAACCCCGCCUUUGUCGAGCUCAUGCGCCUCUACAUCACCAUCCACAGCGACCACGAGGGCGGCAACGUCUCCGCGCACACGGGCAAGCUCGUCGGCUCCGCGCUCUCGGACCCCUUCCUCUCGUACGCGGCCGCGCUAAACGGGCUCGCAGGCCCGCUGCACGGCCUCGCGAACCAGGAGGUGCUCGUGUGGCUCACGAAGAUGCAGGCGCAGCUCGGCGCGGACGCGGACGACGCCGCCGUGCGCGAGUACGUCUGGGCGACCCUCCGCGCGGGGCAGGUCGUGCCGGGCUACGGCCACGCCGUCCUGCGCAAGACGGACCCGCGCUACGUCGCGCAGCGCGAGUUUGCGCUCAAGCACCUCCCCGAGGACAAGCUGUUCAAGCUCGUCGCGCAGGUGUACAAGCUCGUGCCGGAUAUCCUGCUCGAGGCGGGCAAGGCGAAGAACCCGUGGCCGAACGUGGACGCGCACUCGGGCGCGCUGCUCACGCACUACGGGAUGCACCAGAUGCAGUACUACACCGUGCUGUUUGGCGUGUCGCGCGCGUUUGGGGUCGCCGCGCAGCUUAUUUGGGACCGCGCGCUUGGGGCUCCCCUGGAGCGCCCCAAGUCGUACUCGACCGAGGCGAUCAACAAAAUGUUCGCGGACAAGAACUGA